UCCUCCUCCCAUGUGCUGUGUCUGGCGUUCAGGCGGUCAGUGGUGGAUCCUAGACUAGUGUCUUUAAGACCCAGCGGAGCAGCAGGGAAACCCCGCGGCUUUAGUUGUUUCUACUCUCCAGAGUGUCAGCUAGUUAUUUGUGGGGAGGCGCUGUAGCCAUUUCGCCACAUGAAAGCCCGAUGAGCUGAACGACCAACAUCCGAGUUGUUCGCGGAGAAGAGAAAUCAGCUUUGAGGAGCUCCGCGCGCACACAGGAGGCGUACACGGACUCGCGCGCAAAGACGCACGGCGCGCAGACACGUACACUUCCUCCUCCUCCUCCUCGGUGGAAAAAAGACAGAGAGGGCACACGAAACGCAAACUUCCAACUCUCCCAUGUGGAAAGCAGAGGUUUGAGGAUAAGGUAUAUAUUUUCCUCCUCCGGGGCUCCGUUCCUUCCCCCCUCUCUCCCUCUCUUUCUGUCUCUGUCUCUCUCUCUCUGUCUCUCAAGUGUUUUUGCCCGGAUAGUUGUGUUUCUAUGAGAGUCUUGCUCGGCGAGAAGAGAAGUUUGGUUGUUUGCCUGGUCGGCUGAGGAGGAGGAGGAGGAGAAGAAGAAGAGUCGGGUUAAAAGUGGGGGAAGAUGGUCCGCAACGCCGCUUGGAGAAGAAGCUUGCUGUGCGUCCUGGCGCUCAGUCUCGGCUUUGCGUCCCCGCCGUGCAAUGCUCGGAUUUACACCAACCACUGGGCAGUCAGGAUAGGCGGUGGACCCGAUGUGGCCGAGCGGAUAGCGGAAAAAUAUGGCUAUAGGAACAUGGGACAGAUUGGGGAUCUCAAAGACCACUAUCACUUCUUCCAUAGCCGGACCAUCAAAAGGUCGACUUUGUCCAGCCGUGGUCGCCAUAGUUUUAUCUCCAUGGAGCCCAAGGUGGAGUGGAUACAGCAGCAGGUGGUGAAGAGGAGGAUCAAGAGGGAUUACAAGCCAGCCCCACCCCUUUCCCAAUCAAGCCCCGCCCACAGCAGUCCGGCCCAGAACAACAUAUUCUAUAAUGAUGCCAAGUGGAGCAGUAUGUGGUACAUUCACUGCAACGACGACGUCCAUAACUGCCAGUCGGACAUGAAUAUCAUGGGAGCGUGGAAGAGAGGCUACACGGGUAAAGACGUGGUGGUGACCAUACUGGAUGACGGCAUCGAGAGGAGCCACCCAGACCUCUUUCAGAACUACGACCCUCAAGCCAGCUAUGAUGUCAACGGCAACGAUCCAGAUCCCAUGCCCCGAUAUGAUGCAACCAACGAGAACAAACACGGCACACGGUGUGCGGGCGAAGUUGCUGCAGCCGCAAACAACUCCCACUGCAUUGUGGGAAUUGCCUACAAUGCCAGAAUAGGAGGUGUCAGAAUGCUGGACGGAGAUGUAACAGAUAUGGUGGAGGCCAGGUCUCUGAGCCUCCAGCCGCAGCACAUCGACAUCUACAGCGCCAGCUGGGGACCUGACGAUGAUGGAAAGACCGUGGAUGGACCGGCGUCUUUGGCCAGGCAGGCCUUUGAGAAUGGCAUCCGCGCGGGGAGGAAGGGCCGCGGAUCCAUCUUCGUGUGGGCUUCAGGCAACGGCGGGCGCAGCAGAGACCACUGCUCCUGUGACGGCUACACCAACUCCAUUUACACCAUCUCGAUCUCCAGCACAGCUGAGAGCGGACGAAAGCCGUGGUACCUGGAGGAGUGCUCGUCCACACUGACAACCACCUACAGCAGUGGGGAGAACUACGACAGGAAGAUUAUCACAACAGACCUGAGACAUCGCUGUACAGACAGUCACACAGGGACUUCAGCCUCUGCUCCCAUGGCUGCUGCCAUUAUUGCUCUGGCCCUGGAGGCAAAUCCUCACUUAACGUGGAGAGACGUUCAGCACAUCAUUGUAAAGACCUCCAGAGCCGGACAUCUCAGUGCUCCUGACUGGAAGACUAAUGCUGCUGGUUACAACGUCAGCCACCUGUACGGCUUCGGUCUGAUGGACGCUGAGGCGAUGGUGAAGGAGGCAGAGCAAUGGAAGCAUGUCCCUCCUCAGCACGUCUGUGUGGAGAGCGCAGACCGACAGAUCAGAACCAUCCGUCCAGAGCAUGUCGUCCGGUCUGUGUACAAGGCGACUGGAUGCACUGACAACUCCAACCACCACGUGAUGUACCUGGAGCAUGUGGUCGUACGUAUUACAAUCACACACCCUCGCCGUGGGGACCUAUCAAUCAACCUGACCUCACCCUCAGGGACCAAGUCUCAACUGCUUGCCAACAGGUUGUUUGAUCACUCCAUGGAGGGUUUUAAGAACUGGGAGUUUAUGACCACCCACUGCUGGGGAGAGAAGGCAACAGGCGACUGGGUCCUAGAGAUCUAUGAUUCACCUUCUCAACUCCGCAGCCAGAAAGUACCCGGUAAGCUGAAGGAGUGGUCACUGGUGCUGUAUGGCACCUCUGUGCACCCGUACACUUCGCACAACGAAAAGCCCCGCAGCCCAGAAGACUUCACAGAGGAGUUCACAGAGGAGUACAACGGCCCCUGUGACUCUGAAUGCAAUGAGAAUGGCUGUGAAGGUCCUGGUCCACAUCACUGCAUAAACUGCCUCCACUACUUCCUCAAAUUCAAGAACAACACCAGGAUGUGCGUGUCUGAGUGCCCCAGUGGCUUUUUCCGUGAUGACAGAAAGCGCUGCAAAAAGUGCUCCUCGUCGUGUGAUGCCUGUGUUGGUAGCCGUAGCGACCAGUGCACCACAUGCAGGAAUGGUUUCCACCUCAACGAGGGCACCAACACGUGCGUUGCCAACUGUGCCGACGGCUUCUACCUCGAUCAAGACUCCAACAUUUGCAGGAGAUGUCCAGAGAACUGUAAGAGGUGCACCAUCUCGAGUAUCUGCACAGAAUGUAAACCUAGGAUGAGUCUUCAAGGAAACAAGUGUCAAAUGACCUGUGACCCAGGCACUUAUUACAAUGGCCACAGAAGGACUUGUGAGCCUUGUCAUCGGGCCUGUGCUACAUGUGCAGGCACAGGAAUAGAGGCGUGCACUAAAUGUGCAGAUGGCUACUUACUUGAGGACUGGCGGUGUGUGUCAACAUGCAGCACCGGCUACUACCUGUCAGAGCAGACCUCAGAUAACGGGCAGCUGCAGAGGUCCUGUAAGAAGUGUGACCAUAGCUGCUACGAGUGCUUGGGGCCCGGUGAAAGAAACUGCAGCAGCUGUGUCAGUGGUUACAAUCUGGAGGCAGGAGCCUGCGUGGUCAGCACCAUCUGCAAAGAUGGAGAAUACUUGAGUCCACAUGGAAAAUGCCACCUGUGUGACGCUACCUGUAUGCAGUGCACGGGUCCGGAGAGAGAGGACUGCACCAGCUGCCCUAAAUCAUGGUUCUUUGAUGAUGGACUCUGUGACCUCCACUGUAAGAAGGGGCGUUAUGCCACAGGGAGGCAGUGCCAUCUCUGUCACCACACCUGCCAGGAGUGUACUGAUGAGGGGCCUGACAACUGCACCAGCUGUGACAGAGAUAAGUUUGGGGUGGCCCGGUACCUCUUUAAGGGUCAGUGUCGGGAUGUCUGUCCAGAGGGGCACUUCCACUCUCUAAGGAAACAAUGUGAACCCUGUCCUUCAGACUGCCUCAUCUGUACGGCAGAAGAUCGCUGCCUCCGCUGCAGCCCAGGACACAGGCUCAAAAACGGGCAGUGUGUCGCGUUGGAGUGCAGUGCAGGUGAGGUUACAGAUGCAGAGAAUGAUGCCUGUCUCCCCUGUGAUGAGGGCUGCAUGCAAUGUAAACGCAAGGAUUCAGGAGAUCAGACGCAGGGAACACUUUGCCUCAAAUGUGAAGAUAGUUACUACCAGUUAGGCACAGACUGCCAUCAGUCCUGUCCAGAUCGCACCUAUAGUGUGGACAAAAACAUGACGUGUACUCCGUGUGAAGACAAGAAAUGCGUAAUCUGUGACCAUUCCCAGUGCUACUGGUGUGAAGAAGGAUUAUACGUGUUUGAUGGAGAGUGUGUGAGUCACUGUAGGGAAGGUUUCUUUGUGGAUGAGGAGAGUCGGGAAUGUGAACCUUGUCACCGCACCUGUCGUACCUGCGGAGGGCCCCGAUAUGAUGACUGUGACUCCUGUGAGGACGAAUUCACGCUGAAGAACGGGGAGUGUUUAGAGGCCAAACAGCUCACUCUCUGCCCUGAGAAACAAUUCCGAAACCCAAUGGGCGAUUGCGAUCUGUGUCACUCGUCCUGUAAGACUUGCUAUGGUACAGGGAAGGAGAACUGCAGUAGCUGCUACUCAGGCCGUUUUUUGACUGCCCAACAGACCUGCGUGUCUCGUUGCCCACAUGGUACGUUUGCCAACAAGUCGUCCAGCAAGUGUGACGGUUGUUCGAAGGGUUGUGAGAUGUGUCAGGACGCCAAGCAGUGCCAGGGCUGUCGCAGUGGACUUUACCUGGAGAAUGGAGCGUGUGUGGUGGAGUGUCAAAGGGGGUUUCCUCAAGAUGGUGUAUGCCAGCCAUGUGCCCCAGAGUGUACAUCCUGCAAGGGAAAUUCCUCUCACUGCCUGAGCUGUGAGACACAAUAUUUGCUACUGGGUCACUCCUGCAUGUCACACUGUCCGGAUGGCUAUUACGCCAAAGAGACAGAUUGCCAUCACUGUCCAGCUCACUGUAAAGAGUGCAAUCAAGACGGCCUAUGUAAGAUGUGUGACUUUUACUACUUCCUCCAUGAGGAUGAGUGCAUGGAUGAUUGUCCUGAUGGCUACUUUGCCAGCGAGACACAACACGAGUGCGUGCAAUGCCAUGCUGAUUGUUCCUCAUGUGACGGACCAGACUCUGAUGACUGUGAUGUGUGUAAAAACCCGAAAGCUGUCCAUUACAAUGGAGAGUGUCUACAUCAGUGUCCCAACAACACAUAUUAUGAUGAGACUACCAAUGAAUGCAGAGGCUGUGACAGGUCAUGUCUGACCUGCUCAGGCCAUGAACCCUCAUCCUGCCUCAGCUGUGAUGCCAACAGGCGUAAAGAUGCCAGUGGACACUGUGUGUGGUUCAUGGAGUGCCCUAUGCUGUCAUAUAUGGACCAGAAACUAGAAUGCAAACCGUGUCACAAAUCUUGCCAUCGCUGUUCUGGGCCUGGUCAAGACCACUGCCUCAGCUGCAAUGAGCCAAACUUCCUACUAAACAACACAUGUGUGCAGACGUGUCCUGUGGGUUACUACGGCGAGGAUAGGGAUGAACGUGUGUGUGAGCGCUGUCACUUCAGCUGUCAGUCGUGUGCCGGUCAUCACAGUGUGCAGUGUGUCACCUGUAAAACUGGAUUCUUCAAGCAGGGAAUCAGCUGUGUCGAAUCCUGUUCAGAGGGCCACUUUAGCAACACCUCCAGCAUGGUUUGCGAGCGAUGUGACCCCUCUUGUAGACAGUGUUGGGGUCGUGGUAACAGAAACUGUCUGAGCUGUCGGCAGGACUAUGUAUAUGUGAAGCAGUGGGGACAGUGCCUGAAGAGCUGCCCUCCAAACUACUACCAAGACAGCCGGUCUAAGACCUGUCACAUGUGUCACCCCACCUGCAAGACCUGCAGCGGCGAAGGUGCCCUGACCUGUCAGUCCUGUUAUGAAGGCUUCACAUUCAUGAAUGGGAUCUGUGAAUCCCAGUGUCUCGUAGGCUUCUACGGUAUUUCACAGGACAAGAGUGAUGAGGCAAUCUGCAAGGCGUGUGAUCCAUCCUGCGUGGACUGCAGAGGUCCCAGCAUGUGGGACUGCACAGUGUGCCCCGCACUCGAGAUCCGGUCUGAUGAUGGCCGCUGCUUGUCCUGCUGUGGAGAUGAGAAACGCAACGAUGAUAAACCAAUACCCUUGGAUUGCUGUGACUGUACGGCCUCACGAGAGGAGUGCAUCAUGGGUGUUAACUUUGUGAUGACGGACUCUGAGCCAGAAAGCAACACUGCCAAAAACUUUGUCGCUGUCUAUGUUCUACUUGUCAUCAUUGUGGGUGGAGGGAUCUUCCUCUUCCUCAAUGCUCGGUCGAAAUCAGCAGCUAUGGCACCCAAAACCAAACCUGGAGGUUACCAGAAACUGGACACUAAUAAAGAGAUUGUUUCAAAACCCAUCACAUCUCCAUUUGGAGAGUACAGCGACCGAAUCAUUGACUGUGAGGAAGAUGAGGAAGACGAUGGUGAUGAGGAUAUUGUGUACAUGGGACAAGAUGGGACGGUGUAUCGGAAGUUCAAGUACGGACUCUUGGAAGAUGAUGAGAUUGAGAUGGAGUAUGAUGAUGAGAGCUACUCGUACAGCUGAAAAAGUGAAAAAGACCUUACCGGAAACUAGAAGCUCUUCUUUAUGUAUCAUUGCAGUGCUUUAAAUGAGGGGGGGAGGCUGAUCACUCUUCAUCAGGCCACCUUAGCACAAUUAGCAAGUGGAGCAGUCGUGGGUGAUGCAGGGCAACAAGCACACACUUUAAUUAAACUAAAAUGUUAUUAGGAUUUAGGAUCAGAUUUCUUGUUAUUACUGUUAUUUAAUUAGGUUUUCACUUGCAAGUAAUUUGUCUUGGUGUUAUUGUUGCAUAACCAACAUUAAGUAAAAUAUACGGAAGAUCAAAAAUCAAGUAUUAAAACAUAUAAACAAUACAAAUCUAUAUACAAUAUGUUUUAAAAUGAAAAGAGCUGUAAACACAAGAGCUGAAUGUGUAAGUAUUUCCAACGAUUCAGUGCACAGAAUAUUUUAAAUGACACAAUCUGCCAGCGAAACCAGCCAAUUACCAAUCAAUGGUAAUAUUUUGAUAUAUAUGAUGGCUGCAAUUGAAAGUUUAGACAACAAUUAUAGGCGCAACUAAUAUUUUGAAACCUGAUUAUUGUGGUAUAAUCAACAUCUUCCUGUUUAACUCUCCUCUAUUUAUACAGGCCCCAUAACUUUUAUGUGGCUGUAUUGGUGGCACUGAUCAAGACAAACAGUUUGUCAUCUGUGGUUACAUUUUCUAAUCACAUUCGUGCUGGUGUUUCCUUUCUUUCCAGCGUUUCGAUUAUUUCUUGAUUUUUCUUUAUGAUAAAUAACGUCAAACCAUCUCCAACCAGAUAUCUUGCUACUAGUUUGUUGACAGCCUGCAGUUAGAGUUGAUGACAGCUGGCGGACCUGUUUGCCGUGACUACUGCUAACUUUCUCUGUGUGAAUGACUGUACCAAAAAGGGAUCAUAGAG